AUGGGCUACAACCAAUUCUCAUUUCUUUUCUUUCUUUGUUUAUGUCUUCUUUCUCUUUCUUCAUCCAUACCUCAUCAUCUGUGCCGCAGAGAUGAAAGCAUUUCCCUUCUAAAAUUCAAGAAAAAGCUUACCGUAAAUUCCUCUGUCUCAAGUGAUGGUGAUGGUUUUUGUGAAACAUUCUACAAUCAAAUGCCUCAUCAAAAAACGAGUUCAUGGAAAAUGAGCAGAGAUUGCUGCUCAUGGGACGGAGUGACGUGUGAUGAGAUGAUUGGCCAUGUUAUUGAGCUUAACCUCAGUUGCAGUCAACUUGUUGGGAAGAUUGAUUCCAAUAGCAACCUUUUCCAACUCUCUCAUCUCCAAAGGCUUGAUCUUUUUUAUAAUAACUUCCCUGGUUCUCACAUCUUCCCUGAAUUUGAUUCUAGUAGGUUCUCGAGCUUGACGCAUCUUAAUCUUUUCAAGUCCUCUUUCUCAGGUCAAAUUCCUCUUGAAAUCUCUCAUCUUUCCAAGUUACAGUCUCUUAGUCUCUCCCCAUCAUCUGAAACUAAUCUAAGACUCGCAGCCCGUGAUUUUAAAUUGCUUUUUCAGAACUUGACCAAAUUAACAGCUCUUCAACUCAAGGGCAUAAACAUCUCUUCCACCAUUUCUCUGAAUUUCUUUUCUCAUUUAACUACACUGCGUUUGUUGUCUCUUUCUAAUUGCAACCUUAGAGGUCCAAUUCCUAAGUCUCUUUCAAAUCUCACCCGCUUAGAGCUUUUGGUCCUUGAUGGUAACACCUUGAAUGGAACAAUGCCAUCAUGGAUGUUCUCCCAGCUUCCAUCACUACGUUAUUUAAUCUUGAGUAACAACCACUUUUCUGGUCAGCUUGAGGAUUUCAAGUCCAAUUCACUAAGUGGUUACGUGGAUGUCAGCCUCUUUUCGGACCUCAAACAGCUUCGGGUUCUUGAUCUUUCAUACACUAGCAUCUCAUUGACUAACGAGAACAAAGUUAACGUUACUUGGCUAGAAUCUCUUGAUAAGUUAGGAUUGGCCGCAUGUGAAGUGAAAGAAUUGGAGUUUCUAAGAUCCGCAAAGCAGCUUGGAGAUUUGGAUCUUUCAAAUAAUAAGCUUCAAGGACGGAUUCCUGUUUGGGCAUGGUCUAACUGGAUGUUUUCAAUGCGAAGUCUUAAUUUAUCCUACAACAAGCUGACAAGUGUGGAUUCACCCUCUUCAAGGUUAUGUAGAUACCAUUGA